AUGGCGGAGGAGGCAAUGGCGGAGGAUACUUCCGGGGAUCGUGAUCCACCCCCUGGCUACGACGGUCGGGAACCUGACAGGACUUUCCCGAGAUGGUUAAAGGAGUUGAAGCUUUGGGAGUAUGAGACUGAGAUCCCGAAGGCCCUUACCGACCACUUCUCCCCGCACUUGGAGUCGUCACUGCCCCAAGCGUUCGAGAGUGCCAUAUACGGAGAACCCCGAGGCAGCCGCGAAUCCUUUGGGGACUAUGUCAUCCGGAUGGAGUAUGCGUUCAAGGAGUUGGAGCGGCAAAAGGUUCCUCUCCACGACAUCGCCGUCGGCUACGUGAUGUUCAGACAUGCGAAUCUCAAUGAGGUGCAGCAGAGUCAGAUGUUGACUUGGGGAAGAGGGAGCUGCGACCGCAAGACAGUCGUGGAGAACCUGAGGCGGCUAGACAAGGGGAACUUCGACGCCAGAAGAAAGGGUCCGAGCCACUAUGUGACCGAGGUCGAUGAAGAGCAUGAAGGCCCGGACCUGACGAACGAGACCUACGUCGGCGAGUUCCUUCCGGAAGAAGGCGAGUCCGACCUUGACGAGGGCUAUGUCUACAUUGGCGAGAAUGACAUGCAAGAUGUGAUUAAUGAAGACCAGAUGUUGGAGGCCCUCGCCACUUACCAAGAUGUGCGCCGAUCCCUUCGUGAACAACGUACCAGUCGAGGAUACUAUCCUCAAGGGAAGUCUUCCUCUACUUCUUCCGGUGGUGGCAAGGGAAAAGGGAAGGGUGCCUUCGAAGGCAAGGGUCGUCCGACUCUUGCGACGAAAGGCCGCGACAAGGUCAAGUUCACCAAGCAUGGAACCCGAGUGCACGUGGACAUGUUGAAGCUGCGGACUCGAUGUGCAAGAUGCGGACAGGGCGAGUUCGGCGUCAACGCAGCAGUCUUCGAUCGCCUCUACCCCCUCGGUGCGAUCGGGUUUCUUUGUACAGAGCAGCGAGGUGUCGGCCUUAUCGGCAAGGCGUCGCUUCUGCAGCUGGCACAGGCUCUCAGGGAGAAGGGCCUUCAGUAUCGUUGGAAUCCGAAGAAGAAAGCGCAGGCUAGUGGUGUUGGUGGCCGUGCAGAAGUGAUAGGAGUUGCUGAAGUACCAGUAGGUAUAGCGGGAGUCAAUGGGCUUAUGGAGCCGACUGUGGUGACGGACAAUGUGCCGCUUCUCCUUCCUAUCAAAAUGCUUCGCCAGCUAAGGGCCGUUGUGGACUUGGACAGCGACACGCUGGAGCUCAAGGGUUUUGGGGUUAAAACUCCUAUGACGAAGCUUCCUUCGGGUCACAUGUCUGUGGAUGUGCUGUCAUUCGCACCAGAGGGUUGGUCUUUGCCGAGUGAUGCUGAGAGUAACAACCUUAGCCAAGAGCAGUUUGUGUUGGUCUCCAGCUCCUUCGUGAACCACAGCAUGACUUCGCUCGAGCGACCCAGUGUGAGGAAGGUUAAAUUCGAGGCCGUGAACCAUGGCGCAGAUGCUCCUUCAGCGUAUGUUGGAUCAACGAGAGCGGGACCACCCGGCCACUCCCGCGAGAAUGUCUGGAGCAGAGAUGCGAAGCUGACGUGCCAUGAAGAGAUGGCGUGUGAUCAUCGACACCUCAUGGAGUUGAUCGACGUCCGAGGAAGAAGUUGGGACUGGCUUCCCGAUGGCUCCUUGCGACGGUUGGGACUUCUGUCCUAUCCGGACCAGGCCCCAUCUCUUUCUACCCCAAUAAGUUCAACGUCGACUAUGGCGGCUCCCCGGGACAAGCAGCUGGAGUAUGCAGAGAUCAUCAAGUAUGCGGCAUUCUUGGGGACGCGCAAGGCCAAGGAGGCAGCCCGCAUGAGUGUGGAGAAGUGCACCCACCCGACGUCGGAGCUGAAGGGUGGAGGGAACCAGUACGGGAAGGACAUCCAUUGCGCACUAUGCCUGGGCAGAUGGGCCUACCUCAACCCGGAGGAACUCAAGAAGAAGCAGAUCGAGGCCAAGGCAUACCCCCUCACUCCGCCGAGGACUUCGAAGGCUCGCGGAUCUAUGUCAACGACGGCAGGGCCGAUGGCGGGGGAGAGCUCGGGUUCUCAACCAAUGACGGUGGUGUGCUACUGCCAGCAGCCCGCUUACCGCUCACAGGUCAAGAAGUUGGGACCUACCCAGGGGAGGCACUUUUACCGAUGUGCCAAACGCCUAUGCGAGUUCUUUGUCUGGGACGAGAUCGAGAGGACCGAGCUGAAGCGCAGACUGGAUGCCCCGGCGAUCCAGCAGAUGGAGGUGGACGAGACCGAGGCCCAGGACGAGCUCUAUGUGCAGGGCCCGGAUGGUGGUUUUCAGAUAGCGCAUGCGGAGUGA